AUGCGUUUCGAACUCCCCCUUAUUAUAGCUUUUAUCGCCCAUGUGGCUCAGGCCAACCCCACGUUACUUAAUAAUUUAAAGGCUCGCCAGCUCGAACAUGGACGUAAGUUUCCCUCACAGUUUUAUUGA